AUGUAUCGUGGUGGUAUGGUUGGCCUUGCUACUCCACGUCUGGUGCAUGGGUGUACAAUUCGAAAUGAAUCUAACGGUAGUGUCUAUGUACGAAUAUUAUACGAACCAAUAAAAGGUCAAAGAGACGAAAUAUUCGAAAGACGUUCUGAAUUUCAACUGCCAAAAGGUGGUCAAACACACGUUGAAGAAGCAGGAUUUGACAAAGGUUCUUUUGAAAUUCGUGAAACAAUUCGAACGAUUGAAGUUACUCGAGCAAAUGGAAAAACACAAGAAAUCAAUGCACCUUUCGAAAAUGUCGACAGCAUCGAACUCGAUUGGCUUUUUGUCAUUGAUAAUACAGGCAUUCGGUCGGUCAAACAACGCCGUUAA